AUGGAACGUUGUUCUUUUAUUUUGAAAAAGAAAAACCGGGAAUGUCGGAUGCUGGUGAAAAACGGCCAGAAAUAUUGCGGAGAACAUGCUAUUUACGAUGAUCAGAAUGAGGAUCGUAUCAUUUGUCCAAACGAUCCAAGACACACAGUGAAUAAAUCACAUUUGCAAAAACAUUUAUCUUCUCGAUGUAAUAGUCGUUUACCUGAAGUACCGUGGAUCGUUAAAAAUUUUAAUCUAGCAGGAUCUCCAAAUGGAGUGGAGCCAUGGUAUCGUCCUUCAGAUGGCGAAUUUUUGAGAAUUCGAAAAAUCAUUGAAAGAAUAUACAACCAGAUAGCCAAUGAUAUAACAGAUUCAUUUCUGAAAAAUGACUUUAUUGAAAACUGUGCUUCAAGUUUUUCAAAACUGAAAAAGAAACAUAUUUGGCAAAUAUCAUCAAUAAUUGAACAUCUAAGAAUAAUCGAGUUGCUUAAUAAUGACAAGCGCUGGUGUAUGAUAGAUUUUGGAACCGGUAGAGCACAGCUUUCAUAUUGGAUGGCCAAAAUUGCUCCAAAAUGUCGGUUUCUGCUGAUCGAGAAGAUGGGAUCAAGGAAUAAAUUCGAUAAUAAAAUUCACAAAGAACUGGAUUUAGUCUUUCUUGAACGAUUACGUUGUUCGGUGGAGCAUCUUGAUUUAUCAAAAAUUGAUUUGAUUCGGGAUGUGGAUAAUACAGCAGCAGUAUGCAAGCAUUUCUGUGGUGCUGCUACAGAUUUUGGUAUCCGGUGCUUAAUGAAUGGAGUAAAAAGCGGUUUGAAUGUAAAUGGUUUCGUUUUAGCCCCAUGUUGCCAUCAUCGAACUACAUACAAUGAGUACAUUGGUCGUGCCUUCUUAGGAUCUCAUGGCAUUUGUAGCUCAAAUGAAUUUGCCGCUUUAAGACAUAUUUCAACAUGGGCUGUUUGCGGUUUCCUUAAUCAGGAGAAUCUUGAUGGUACUGUUUCUCUUUCAUCUCAUUCACCAAAGUUCGAAAAUUUGGGUCAACAGAAAGCAAAGUUGGAAUUCAUGUUGCUGAAUUCAGCGGAGAAAGAACUUCUUGGACAGAAAGCUAAAGCGGUUUUGGAAUUUGGUCGAGUCGUAGAACUUCGGAAAAAUUUCGAACGAGUAAGCAGUCUGGAUCUUUUGCGAGGUUCCGGUUUAAACUCGGUUUCGGGUCCCGAAACAUCUGAGGAACAAAAGAAGCGAUUCGAAAUUGAAUGUGAAUUUGUACAGGCUUUAGCUAAUCCUCAUUACUUGAAUUUUUUAGCGCAGCGAGGUUAUUUUAAGGAGCCGUACUUCAUCAAUUAUUUGAAAUACCUUUUGUACUGGAAAAGACCAGAAUACGCGAGAGCUUUGAAAUAUCCGCAGUGCUUACAUUUCCUUGAAGCGGUACAGAGCUCAGCUUUUCGUGAGGCAAUAACUUGUACAGCAAAUGCAAAAUUUAUUGAAGAACAACAGUGUAUACAACGGAACACGAUGAUGACGAACAGGAAUGGAAGCAGCAGCAUCCACAACGGCAAAAAACUUCAACGACAUCUUCCUAAUUUAAUUGCUUUAUUUUUUGCUUUAUCAAUUGUAUAUUCGAAGUCUUUUGUAACUACUGCUGAACCAACGGUCGAUCUUCCGUCAACUUGCGAAUCAUGUGUUUUAUUUGCGCGAGAGUUUCAGGAACAGUUAGCAAAUGAUAGAGCUGUUAAGAUUUCGGCCGUAGAAAAAGAGUUUAAGUUUGUGGAAGCUUUGGAGGGAACUUGUGAGCGAAUGCUGCAAUAUAAACUGCAUAAAGAGAAGUCAGACAUUUCACGUUUUGCCAAGGAGGAAAGUAAUACAAUGAAAGCUCUGAAUGAGCUAAGAAGUAAAGGAGUUAAGGUAGAAUUAGGUAUACCUUACGAAAUGUGGGAUACUCCAUCAGUUGAAAUCGUAACGUUAAAACAGAACUGUGAGGCAUUACUAGAGCGUUAUGAAAAUGAUCUCGAACAGUGGUAUAAUAUCAGGAAUAGACCACUACUUGAGGAAUAUCUGUGUAAAAAACGAGUAUUAAAACGCACAGAACGUGAUUGUAUGGAAAUUUCUGAUAAUCUAGAAUUAUAG